AAGCCAUUCUCGAGCAGGGUUUCUUUACUCGAAUUGACCCACAUGUCCAUCGCCUAUCUGGUCCCACACCCUACACGUGUAUUGCGCCUCCUCGUAUGUAAUUACUGGUCCCUGGUAGAUCCGGAUGGAGAAGAGCCUCAGAUCGGGUCCGCCAUAGCUCCAUUGCUGCAUUAAAGAGGCGCUCUCGCGCGUUUCGAGCCACCCUCUCCCUCCCAUCUCCAUGUUGACGACUAAUACCGUUGCAGCGCUAGCUGCAGGAUCGAUACUGGCCUGCAUCGCUGUGUUUCAUCAGCUCAGGUCCCGGGCGAACACACCACGCUUCCUGCUCGGCCCACCGAGUCCCAGCUGGAUCUAUGGGAACAGCAGGCAGAUCACGGAGGAUCCGUCCCUGACCGCACGAUGGGCAAAGCAGUACGGAAGGAUAUUCAAGUUCAGAGGGCUCUUCGAGCGAAGCGAAAUCUACGUCUCCGAUCUCGCGGCCAUUCGCUACAUCCUCGACAACUUUCCCAAGCCUCCAGAGAGCAUCGAGGUGGCCAAGGGCUUGGUCGGUAAAGGAGUCACUGCGGUCGUAGGUGAAGAACACAAGCGUCAGCGCAAGAUCAUACAGCAUGCAUUUGCUCCGGCGCAACUUCGUCUGAUGACCGAUGCGUUCCUCGACAUUGCAAACAAGCUCAAAACGAAUUGGGAGGGUAGCUUAGCUUCCGCCGAGAAGACUGGGGGGUCUAUCGAGGUGCUGGAUGGGCUGCGACGUGCCGCACUAGACAUGAUAGGCAUGGCUGGAUUCGGCUACGAUCUAGAUUCCUUCAACUCGCGCGAGGACCCAGCCGAUCUCGCCAACAUUUUCCACGAGCUGUUCCACGGCUCGCACUCGACGAUCAACGCCCACUACCGAUAUCUGUGCGCCCUCGUCCCGCUUCUGCGCUACAUCCCCUUCCCGAUUCCGGGAUCCAGGACACACGCCGAGGCACGCGGAAAGCUGAAGGAGAUCGGAAGCGAGAUUAUUGAGCGGAGCAGGAAUCAUCCCCGGCGCGAGAGCCAGAAGGAUCUCUUGUCGGUAAUUCUGCGCGCCAAUGAGAGCGAGCAGCCAGGUUCGCGAUUAGAUGACGAGGAGGUUCUCGCGCAGAUACCGACCUUUCUUCUGGCCGGGCAUCACACGACUAGCUCGGCAACAGGCUGGGCGCUACAUGCCCUGGCGGGCCACCCGGACAUCCAAUCCAGACUGCGAUCGGAAUUGAACUCGUUGCCGACCGACCGACCGACCAUGGAACAGCUCAACUCGCUCCCCUACCUCGAUCUCUUCCUGCGCGAGACGCUGCGGCUUUACUCGCCCCCGGUGAAUCUCCGGAGAAUGGCGCCGCACGACGAGGUCUUGCCCCUCUCCGAGCCCGUCAUGGACGCUUCGACGGGCAAGACAUAUAGUUCACUUCCGAUCGCGAAGAACCAGAUUUUCUACAUCCCCAUCCUUGCGGUGAAUACAGAUCCGAGCAUAUGGGGCGAUGACGCCACCGAGUUCAGGCCGGAAAGAUGGACGAACCUGCCACAGAGGGCGUACAAUGUCCCCGGCGUUUGGGCUAACAUGCUCACAUUUUCCACCGGGUCGCUGAGCUGCCCCGGCUUCGCGCUCUCGAUCCUUGAACAAAAGUGCCUUCUGUUUGUGCUGCUCCGGGCGUUUGAAUUUAGAUCUCCGGUAGAGAAAGGAGGGAUUGUCUCCGUGCACACGAGUGCGGUGACGACCUAUUUGCAGCAACCGGCGGUGCGCGGGGAACCAAAAGUCGGGUCUCAACUUCCCUUGAUCCUAAGUCCCGUAGGAAACAGGAUGUAGACGCAAAUAUAAAUGCAUGAAAAUCACUGGUAUACAUGUAUAUCUUUUUAUUCCACCUGUUACCGUUCCGAGAGACCAUUUUUCGCGACAUUCAACCAAGCGGCACGUGCCGACGAACAUGCGUCACAUGACGGGAGGAAGUCACACGCCGGCUUAGCGUGGAUCACUCCCGGCUCGGUAGUUCCCGGUCACACCAUAUUGCGAUCCACUCAUUCGCGAUUUGAGCACCGGCGUCUAUGCGGUCCGCCGUCGAUCGUGCUCGCAAUUGCACUUCCAUAUGUCCCUGAAAUGACUCAACCUGGGAAAAAUGGGCCUGGACAUGUGGUGCGUCGACAGGAUGCGGAGGGUCACUAGGGAGGGAAACGCCCACGGGUGUCUGGGUGUGCAUGCGGUCGAAGCCCGCCUUCUAGAUAUAGCCGGUUCUUCUGGAGCGAAUACGACCCCAAACGGUCUGCUGCUAUAUCUUUCCUUAUCUUGGGUUCAACACUCCCACACAGCUACACGGGCUCUUAAAUACGGCGGGGGGCCGGCUGCAACACCAAGCGCAAAAUGGCAUUCCUUCUCGCAGUCCUCGUCCCCUCGUUCCUGCUAUCGCUGCCCGCAGCCGCGUCGCCUGUCGCCGUCGAGAACUCGUUCAUCAGCCUCCCCAUCUCUCGCCAGUUCAACCUCACGGGCAGCGUCAACAUCGUCAAGAGCGAUCUCGCGCGUGUCGCCCACUUCAAGGCCCGCACCAGCAAGGGCAAGCGCGCGGUCAUCUCGGAGCCCGUGAGCAACCAGGUCGUCAGCUACAUCGCUUCGGUUGGCGUGGGCAGUCCUGCGACGACGUACAGCCUCAUUGUCGACACCGGGAGCAGCAACACAUGGGUCGGCGCCACCAAAUCCUACGUGCGCACCAGCACCUCCGUCAGCACUGGUGCUCGCGUCUCUGUGACGUACGGCUCUGGCUCGUUCUCGGGUACCGAGUUCACCGACCAGGUAACCCUCGCCCCCGGUUUGGUUAUCGCGAAGCAGUCGAUCGGUGUCGCAUCGACGUCGACCGGUUUCAGUGGUGUUGAUGGGAUCCUCGGCAUCGGUCCGCUGGACUUGACUUCCGGGACACUGAGCACCGGCGGGACGAUCCCGACCGUGACUGGCAAUCUGUUCAGCGCGGGAACGAUCACAGGCGACCUGAUCGGCGUCUCCUUCGAGCCGACGACGGCGCAGGUCGUCAACAACGGCGCGAUCUCGUUCGGCGGAACUGACAGCACGAAGUUCACCGGCACCAUUUCCUUCGCGCCUAUCACGCGCACGUCGCCUGCGUCGGAGUUCUGGGGCAUCAACCAGUCCAUCCAGUAUGGCACGACCACGAUCCUCGCGUCGACCGCCGGCAUCGUAGACACCGGCACGACGCUGAUCCUGAUCGCGACCAACGCAUUCACCCAGUACCGUUCCCGCACGGGCGGUGUCCUGGACAACAACACCGGCCUGCUCCGGAUCACCGCGGCGCAGUUCGCGGCGCUGCAGAACCUGAACUUCGUCAUCAACGGCGUGACGCGCACUCUCACUCCGAACGCGCAGAUCUGGCCCCGGUCGCUGAACACGGCGAUUGGCGGCACGGCGGGCAGCAUCUACCUUGUGGUCGCUGAUCUCGGGACACCGAGUGGACAGGGCCUUGACUUCAUCAACGGGUACACGUUCUUGGAGAGAUUCUACUCGGUAUUUGAUACCGCCGGCGCCCGUGUCGGCUUUGCCACCACGGCGUUCACCACCGCCACCUCCAACUAGUCCCACAGUCCUGAGAUGAUACCGAUCUGAUUGUUGUAAGCUGUGUAAUUUGAUGUCUUCAAUACGUGUCAAAGAUCUGCGCUAUCCAUGAAA